GUCGGGACGUUCUGCAUGGUGCUUCAGAAAGUGGCUGAAGAGGGACAUCUAGAGCUGACAGAUACCCUCAUUGAUGACAACAACAUGUCAAUAAAGACCAGUGUCACCAUAGAUAUUAGAUACCAGCCGAUGGAUGGCACAGGGGGGAUGUGGAGCGAUGGAGAGUUCCUGGAUGUCCCUGAUGAUCGUGAUGGCAUGUUUGCUUUUGAAACAGACAGCUUGCUUUCAGGACAGAGCCACGGGUCAGGGACUUCUCCUGGACGGUCAUUACAAGGGUCCAUACCAACCUUCAGAAAAGCAGGGAGAGGAGUUUUCUCAGCCAUGAAACUUGGCAAGGCAAAAAGCUCAAAAGACGACCAUAAAAGAGGAGAUGAACCAGCCAUCCUGGAAAUGGAAGAUCUGGAUAAGAAAGCCAUGCGUCUUGCUGGAAUGCUGGAGCCGGACACCAUAUCUUUGGCCUCAGUGACUGCUGUCACAACUAAUGUUUCCAAUAAAAGGUCAAAGCCAGAUAUCAAGAUGGAACCGAGCUCCGGGAGGCCCGUUGAUUAUCAGAUCAGCAUCACAGUGAUUGAGGCUCGGCAGCUAAUAGGCCUGAACAUGGAUCCUGUGGUGUGUGUGGAAGUUGGCGAUGACAAGAAAUAUACAUCCAUGAAGGAGUCCACCAAUUGUCCGUACUAUAAUGAGUAUUUUGUCUUUGAUUUCCACGUCCCACCAGACGUCAUGUUUGACAAGAUCAUCAAGCUCUCGGUUAUUCAUUCUAAAAACCUUCUAAGAAGCGGGACGUUGGUGGGAACCUUUAAGAUGGACGUUGGGACGGUUUACUCUCAGCCUGAACACCAGUUCUACCACAAAUGGGCCAUCCUGUCUGACCCUGAUGACAUCACAGCGGGGUGCAAAGGAUAUGUAAAGUGUGACAUUGCAGUUGUCGGGAAAGGUGAUAACAUCAAGACGCCGCAUAAAGCCAAUGAGACGGAUGAGGACGACAUAGAAGGAAAUCUGCUCCUCCCAGAAGGCAUCCCAGCAGAGAGGCAAUGGGCAAGAUUUUAUGUGAAGAUCCACAGAGCUGAGGGACUUCCUAAAAUGAACACCAGCAUCAUGGCAAAUGUGAAAAAGGCCUUUAUCGGAGAGAACAGAGACCUUGUCGACCCCUAUGUUCAAGUGCAAUUUUCUGGGCAAAAGGGAAAGACUUCGGUCCAGAAGAGCAGCUAUGAACCAAUCUGGAACGAGCAAGUCAUCUUCACAGAGCUGUUCCCUCCUCUUUGCAAGAGGAUCAAGGUGCAGAUUAGAGACUCGGAUAAGGUCAAUGACGUUGCCAUAGGAACCCACUUCAUCGAUCUACGGAAGAUCUCAAACGAUGGUGAUAAAGGCUUCUUGCCCACCCUGGGUCCAGCCUGGGUCAACAUGUACGGCUCCACUCGUCAGUACACUCUGAUGGACGAGCACCAGGACCUAAAUGACGGGCUCGGCGAAGGUGUGUCCUUCAGAGCACGCCUCCUUAUCUCCGUAGCCGUGGAGAUCCUGGACACUACAUCGCCUGAAAUCAUCUGCUCAACCGACGUUCAGGUGGAGCCUGUCUCCAACAUCUCAGAGAGUGCCACAGGGAAAAUGGAGGAGUUCUUCUUGUUUGGUUCGUUUCUGGAGGCUACUAUGAUCGACAGGAAGAUUGGUGACAAACCGAUAAGUUUUGAAAUCACAAUAGGAAAUUAUGGCAACCACAUUGACGGUGUGAGCAAAUCCUCCUCUGUGAAGAAGAAAAAGAAGGAAGGAGAGGAUCAGGAAGAGGAAAAUGAGCUGAUCCAAAACUCCAGCGAGGAUGAGGCUGAUGAAGAUGCGGACCUCACCUCAGUCUCCUCGACUCCUCCCAUGAAGCCUUUCAUCACAGACAGAAACUACUUCCAUCUACCCUACUUUGAAAAGAAGCCAUGUGUCUACAUCAAGAGCUGGUGGCAGGAUCAGAGGAGACGGCUUUAUAAUUCAAACAUGAUGGAUAAGAUUGCAGACAAGUUGGAAGAGGGCUUAAAUGAUGUUCAAGAGGUCAUUAAGACAGAGAAGGCCUUUCCGGAGCGCAGACUCAGGGGAGUUCUGGAGGAGCUCAGCAUUGGCUGCAGUCGGUAUGUGACACUUGCCAACAAAGAUGUGAACCUGGCAGGCAGAACUAAGCUUGAUCGAGAACGGCUCAAGUCAUGCAUGAGAGAGAUGGACAGCAUGGGACAGCAGGCCAAACAGAUUCGCACACAAGUGAAAAAGAACACGGUCAAAGAAAAACUCAAGCUGGCGCAGAACUUCCUGCAGAGGCUCCGUUUCCUUGCCGACGAGCCUCAGCACAGCAUCCCAGAUGUUUUCAUCUGGAUGAUGAGUAACAACAAGCGCAUCGCCUAUGCCCGAAUUCCUUCCAAAGACAUUCUGUACUCUGUGGUGGAUGAAGAAACUGGCAAAGACUGUGGAAAAGUCAAAGCAGUCUUCCUCAAGCUGCCUGGUAAAAAGGGGUUUGGCCCUGCUGGCUGGACAGUCCAGGCUAAGCUGGAGUUAUAUCUGUGGCUCGGCCUCAACAAGAGCCGGAAGAACUUCCUACAUGGUCUCCCAAAUGGUUUCGAAGAGAUCAGAGCCACCAAAAUGGGCCACGGGCUUCCUCCAGUCACCCUCGUCUACGACAUGAAGCAGGUGUUUCAGCUCCGAGCUCACAUGUACCAGGCCCGCAGUCUGUUUGCGGCUGACAGCAGUGGGCUUUCAGACCCCUUCGCUCGGGUUUUCUUCUCCUCACAAAGCCAGGUUACUGAGGUUCUAAAUGAGACGCUCUGCCCCACGUGGGACCAACUGCUGGUGUUUGAUGAUGUCGAGCUGUUCGGAGAGGCUACUGAGCUCAGAGACGACCCUCCGAUCAUUGUUGUUGAGUUCUAUGACCAAGACACUGUGGGUAAGGCAGAGUUUAUAGGUCGGACGUUUGCAAAGCCCAUUAUUAAGAUGCGUGACGAGCCUUACGGACCACCGAGGUUCCCCCCACAGCUGGAGUAUUACCAGAUAUACAGAGGGAACAGCAUUGCAGGAGAGCUGCUGGCUGCUUUCGAGCUACUGCAGAUACCUUUUGAUGCAGAGGAGAUCAGGCGAGCUCUAAUCGCUGUCCAUGACUUUGCUGUUCCUCAAAUAAAGGUUGGUCAAGGAGGCAGGGCUGAUCUUCCUCCCCUUGAAGGGCCGACGGACUCGGAGCGUGGACCCAUCCUCCCUGUUCCCCUGGGCAUACGUCCCGUCCUGAGUCGCUACCGCAUAGAGGUAUUAUUCUGGGGAUUAAGGGACCUGAAAAGGAUCAAUUUGGCCCAAGUUGAUCGACCCCGGGUGGACAUUGAGUGUGCAGGUCGAGGAGUUCAGUCUGCCCUCAUUCAGAACUACAAGAAGAAUCCCAACUUCAGCACCCUGGUCAAAUGGUUUGAAGUGGACCUGCCAGAAAAUGAGCUUCUCCAUCCUCCUCUUAACAUUCGGGUGGUGGACUGCAGAGCAUUCGGACGCUACAUCCUGGUGGGGUCCCACGCUGUUUCCACUCUCAGACAUUUUAUCUACAGUCCUCCAGACAAAAGCUGCAACAAUUGGGCCACUGCAGCUAAGCUAAUGAAUGGCUACAUGGUUCUAACCAAUGGCUGCUCCCAAGCUCGCUCCUCACCCAGCCUUUCUUCCCGCACCUUCUCUCGUCCCGCAGGUGACGUCUCCGUCAGCCUAGAAGCCGAGCCCCCAAUCCGAAAGAUGGACACAGUUGUCAAGUUGGAUGCUAUGUCUGAUGCUGUUGUAAAAGUUGACAUGAACGAAGACGAGAGUGACAAAGAAAAAAAGAAGAAGAAAAAGAAGAAGAAGGGAGGAGCAGAGGAGGAGGAAGAGACGGAUGAGCGAGUGCUGGACUGGUGGUCCAAGUAUUUUGCCUCCAUUGAGACGCUGAAGGAGAACCUCAGAUCCCAGGAAGCAGCUCAAGCAGAGGCAGAGGAGAGAGAAGACCUCGAGAUAGCAGCUGAGGCAGCAGAUAUCAGACCCGACGACCUCCACCUAAAAGGCUCCAAAAUGAAAGAAAGGUUCAAAGAGAAGAAGAGCUCCAAGCAGAAGAGGAGUCAAGCUGCGGACGGCUCAGAGAAGCGGCCCCCUAAAGCAAGAGUGGAUGAGCUAGUGGUGUACAACAGAGAGCUGGAGAGUGAGUAUGGCAACUUUGAGGAUUGGCUUCACACGUUCAACUUGUACAGAGGAAAAGCGGGAGAUGAUGACGAACACGCCCUGGAUGAUGACAGGAUUGUAGGCAGAUUCAAGGGCUCUUUAUGUAUGUACAAAGUACCACUUUCUCAGGAGAUCACAAGAGAAGCUGGGUAUGAUCCCAACAUGGGGAUGUUCCAGAGCAUUCCGCAUAACGACCCCAUCCACGUUCUUGUCCGGGUCUAUGUGGUCAGGGCCACAGACCUUCAUCCAGCUGAUAUCAAUGGGAAGGCCGAUCCAUACGUCGUCAUUAAGCUGGGCAAAUCAGAAGUCAAAGACAAAGAGAACUACAUCUCCAAGCAGCUCAACCCUGUGUUUGGCAAAUCCUUUGACAUUGAAGCCACCUUCCCCAUGGAGUCGAUGUUGACAGUGUCUGUGUAUGACUGGGAUUUGGUCGGCACAGACGACCUGAUUGGAGAAACGAAGAUUGACCUGGAGAAUCGGUUUUACAGCAAAUUCAGAGCCACGUGUGGCAUUGCGUCCAACUAUUCUAUGCAUGGUUACAACAUUUGGCGCGACCCUAUGAAACCCAGCCAGAUCCUAGCUAAGCUCUGCAAGGAAGGGAAGAUUGAUGGACCUCAUUAUGGGCCGGGAGGCAAAGUCAAAGUCGCAAAUCGAAUCUUUACUGGAGCAACAGAAAUAGAGGAUGAAAAUGGUCUGAAGAAGCAAACGGAGGAGCAUUUAGCCCUGAGCGUGUUGAACCACUGGGAGGAGAUCCCUAGAGUCGGCUGCAAGCUCGUUCCCGAACAUGUGGAGACCAGACCUCUUCUGAACCCGGACAAACCUGGAAUCGAACAGGGCCGACUUGAGAUGUGGGUGGACAUGUUUCCGAUGGACAUGCCCGCUCCUGGGCCUGCAAUUGACAUAUCACCACGGAAACCAAAGAGAUAUGAGCUCAGGGUGAUUAUUUGGAAUACUGAUGAAGUAAUACUGGAAGACGAUGAUUACUUCACUGGGGAAAAGUCCAGUGACAUAUUUGUGAGGGGAUGGCUGAAAGGGCAGCAGGAAGACAAACAGGACACAGACGUGCAUUACCACUCCCUAACUGGUGAGGGCAACUUCAACUGGCGCUUCGUCUUCCCGUUCGAUUACCUUGUGGCUGAAGAGAAGAUCAUCAUCUCUAAGAAAGAGUCCAUGUUCUCCUGGGACGAGACUGAAUACAAGAUCCCUCCUCGUCUCACGAUGCAGGUCUGGGACGCCGACCACUUUUCUGCUGAUGACUUUCUCGGGGCUAUUGAGCUGGACCUGAACAGGUUCCCCCGCGGCGCAAAGACAGCCAAGCAGUGCAACCUCGACAUGAUCCGAAAUGAACAAGAACUUCCCACCAUUUCUAUCUUCAAGCAGAAAAGGGUCAAAGGCUGGUGGCCUUUUGUGGCACGUGAUGAGAACGACGAGAUGGAGCUCACAGGUAAAGUUGAGGCUGAGCUUCACCUUGUCACUGCAGAGGAAGCAGAGAAAAGUCCUGUGGGACUGGGGAGAAAUGAGCCGGACCCACUGGAGAAACCAAAUCGCCCAGACACCACCUUCCUGUGGUUCCUGAGCCCGCUGAAAGCCAUCCGCUACCUGGUGUGCAACCGCUACAAGUGGCUGAUCAUCAAGAUCGUGCUGGCCCUGCUGCUGCUCAUCAUGAUCGGCCUCUUCCUCUACAGCAUGCCAGGCUACCUUGUCAAGAAGCUGCUGGGAGCUUAGGGCAAUGCUGGGAGAAAGGGGAGGAUAAAGGGGAGGGUGGGGCUACUAGGGGAUCCGCUACUGGUAGGGAGAGAGACUCCUCUCAUCAAAUUCACUCUAGUUUUUGUAACGCUACCUACUGCUUUAGAAUAAGCAUCUGGACUUCAUCCUUGAACUGACUACACAGCAAUCUGAAACCACAAAAUAACCCCUGAUUUAUGCUUCUGAAACAAUAUUUACAGUGAAUGUCUCUUUACCCAUUUGCACAGUGUUUUAUUCAUUAACAUGAAAAACUGUCAGGUUAGUGGCUAGACGAUUGCAUGGUGACUCAUUUCAAGUAAUGCUGCACGGGCUACAUUCACUGUAACUGAUCCUCAAGGCUAACAGGGAACAAAUGAAGGGGACUCUUGAUAACACUUUGACUUCUGUCUGUUUGAGCAUUUAAAAGAAAUUCAUAAACAUUCAGGAAUUGGCUUUAAAAUUCAUAAUUUAGCUGCAAAAAACA